UGUGUGUGUGUAUGUGUGUGUAUGCACACGCACACACACAAACAUUUCAUAGAACUAAUAGUUGUUGUUCUCAAUAACUAUUAAUGCUGACCGCCGAUAUAGGUUCGUGUCAGUGUUUACUACUGAUUGAUGAACUGACAUGUGAACUGACUGGGGGGCUUUCCAAACAAGCGUCGUAUCUGGGAAACAGCACUAUGAAAUUACGUUGAGUCACAGGUCUUGUUUCAGUUUUACUUCUUCGGGACUAUAAAGACUAUGCAGCGCAGGCUUCCCUUUCAGUUUAGAGGAAACGGUUAUUUGGGGAACGAACAUGAUGCUGGACUAUACAGUUUUCUUAAGCCUGCUAACACUGGCUGGCUGUGCGGCUUUGGUGACUGAAGAAAAUGUACUAACGGAUUUGGGUCAGUCUGCGUCUUUCUCCUGCUCGCUGCCAAACGCUGCUGGAGUAAAGCAGGUCACCUGGCAGCGGCUCGGACACGACGACUCCGUCCAAACCAUGGUCACCUUCAGCGAGAACUUCAAACAACAAGUGACCGAUUCGUACCUGGACAAAGUGGAGGUCACGGAGGCGACGCUGAGCGCCACAACUAUCGUGAUAAAGAACAUAACGUUCGCGGACGAAGGCUGCUACAUCUGUACUUUUAACGUGUAUCCGUCCGGAACCGAGCGGAGAAAGACAUGCCUCACUGUUCAAGGUCUAUCAGAUUUCACAACAUCAAAGUUUUUAGAUGAGACUACUGAAAAGGAAGUUGUCGUCUCAUGCUCAGCCACGGGUAAACCUGCUCCAGAGGUCAACUGGAGGUAUAGAGAGAAGGACAUAGAGUCAGGAGAAAAAGUCACAGUAAUCAAUGUUGACGGGACGAUCACAACUACAAAAAACCUCACACUGCCACAGUCACAGUUACAUGAAAAAAAUGUAGAAUGUGUUGCUCAAAGUGGGAAAAUGUCAAGAAGUGAACAUAUCAAUCUGACUGAUGACCAGCGACAGGAUGCUACAGAGAACAAUGCGGCACCCAGACGUUACCCCGCCUUUUUCGUUGUGAUCAUCUGUAUAAUUGGUGCCAUUUCUAUUGCCAUUGUUUUACACAGAAGGAAAGUAAAAGAAUGUGGAAAAGGGAGCAUUGAAGAAAAGGUCUAACACCAUUGGAAGAUCUGCAUUCUGCAUUCACUCUGCACUUUAACAUCUUAGGAUUUUUCAAAUACAGUUCUCAUAAGCUAGUAACAAUGCACUUAAACACAUUCUGAAUGUUAACAUGGUUUUAAUAUACAAAAAGUGUUUUUAUUUAUUUAUUGCCAUUUGAUUUUUUUUCAGUAUUUAUAAACUUAAAUUUUUGCUGUCACUCAUACUCACUCAUAAUAUGACAAAUGAUCAUUCCAGAAUUCUACUGUAUAUUCAGCAUUUCUACUUCCAUACUACUGAAUGUUUUGCAUGCAUGUUAAUGUUUUUACAUUAAUCCACAAUGUUCCACAUCCCACAUGCCACUGAAUGUGAAUGUUUUCAGUUGUUGUUGUUAUGUUUGUGCACUGAUUUGUCUAUUGAUUGUGUCCUUAUUGAUUAUUGAUUAUGCCCCUUAUUCUUCUGGGCACUGUAGCACUGUAUAGGAACCAUAGGAACCUAUAAAGAGCAUGUAUCUGUCUAUUUAUUUUUUUAUUAAAUAUAUUAUUGAACUUCCUCACUGUGAAGUACGGUGGUGGAUCUGGAUUUUGUAAUGUGGCUGUAACAGUCCAAUUUAUUCAAGGUUUAAGCUUAAUCUCAGUCUGGGAAACUGACUCUAUGUACUCUAGUUACUCUAGUUUAUUUCACUUGUAAUUCCAUAGCAGUUUCCUGCUUUUAAUAAAUUCAUUUGCGUCAACUUGACACAAAUUGCAUCUGUUGCCUAGUGUAGAGAUUUAGGAUUCUAAUUUUAGGAUUCUAAGUUUAAAAUACUUUAGGCGGAGCUGCCACUCUUGCCUCAGCCACCUGUAGAGCGCUCCUACCCCUUAUCAUGGAAGCAUGAACAAAGUGGGGGAGGAGCACAGAUGUUUUAUAGAAGCCCUCCAAGCUGAGAGAGGUAUUAAGGCUUGAGAACUGAGAAAAUGUGAGACACUGUUUAAAGUGUAUUGAGUAGGCCUGGCCAGGCUUUAUUUCAGCAUACAUUGUUUUGGUUUUGUGUCAACCUAUGUGUUAUUAAAGCACAGUCUGGUUAUGCUUGUGUGUGUGUGUGUGUGAUAUGUUGUGUUCACAUUUGCUUUCCUGGCCAGUGUGACUUAGCCCCUUUCUGGAGGGGUACAGUUUACUCUAUACUGUGCAAAAUUAUUAGGCAGCCAAAAAAAAACUAUUUAUCUUGGCAGUAAGUGUGUUUAUGCCAGCAAAAGCACUAUGAAACAUUAGAAUACAAAUAAAUAU